AUGGCCCCCCUAACCCCAAAAAGGAAAACCAUUUCAACGGUCAGGACCACUCGCCGAAGCAGCCCAACAAUGAGCAUCCGCUCCCUCAGCACGACCCGCAGCUUGUCACCACUCUCGGAUGAAAAAGCUUUAAGAGCUUUAGCAAUCCGAUCUCGCCGGUUUCGUACAACUCUUUCACCCAUACAAGAAGAGAGAAAUAGCGACAUACACCGCACGGCACACCCCAAAAUUUCCAACACUACGCCACCCAAAUAUAGUACACACCGACACGUUGCAUGUGGAAUAUGCAAAAGGGAUCAUAGGUUGGUGACAUGCUCCAAAUACACCAACAUGAAUCUAAAGGAAAAAUACGACGCAGUCACAACCCACAAAUACUGCAUCAAUUGCUUGGCCAGAUCACACCGGACAAAGAGCUGUACAAGUGAGAAGAGAUGUUCCACAUGCAAUGGAAAACAUCACUCCACCCUACAUGGACACCCAAGACUGUACACUCAUGUCACGGAAACAAAAAGAGAACGAGGAGUCGAAGCACAUCCCUUCACCACCCCUAGAGGACCACCCUCAUUACUGGCCAAGCAGACCCUUGUACCCACGGCACUCAUCCGCAUCAAACAAGCGGACAAAUGGCAUAAAGUCAGGGCCCUCAUCAACCCGGUCCAAAAAAGAAUCACCAUCGGCUCUGACUUAAUAAAAAAGCUGAGACUGCCGAUAACAUACCUCAACGAACAUCGGAUUUGCCAUCUCAAAAUCGGAUCACUAAUUGAUGAUCAAUUGCGACUCGAAACACACGCUUUGAUAUCAAAGGAUUUACCCACACGACCCUAUGAGCAGGACAUAAGCGACGAGAUUCGAAAACGUUUCGAUCACUUAGUCCUAGCUGACCCAUCAUUCACGAAGGCAAACAACGUAAUGCUCGAACUUGGAGCCGACCUAUACCCAAAAAUUAUAAAAUCCGGCAUAUUUCAUCCCGAUAAUGGCACAGUCGUCACCCAAAACACCACAUUAGGAUGGAUUUUAACCGGAAUUUUAAACUAG